AUGGCCAUGGCAACGAAGUCAGUCUCUACCUUCGCCAUCUUUUUCAUCCUUUUUUUGGUUGUUUGUGAGUUGCCGGAGACAAAAGCGCAGGAUAGAAAGUGCCUCAAAGAAUACGGUGGCGAUGUGGGCUUCAGCUAUUGUGCGCCUCGAAUACGUCCAACAUUCUGUCAUCGGAACUGCCGUGCACACAAAGGCGCAAAAGGUGGAAGAUGCCUUUGGGGAGAGGCAGUCCCUGGUGGUGUUAGUGUUAAAUGUUUAUGCGACUUCUGCAGCGACAAGCCUUAA